AUGGGUAAACCGAACGAUGAAGCAGAAAUGGGAAUCAUUCCGCGCUUGUGCAAUCACCUCUUCCAAAGGAUUCACGAAAAUGCAGACCCAAAUCUCAAAUUUUCUGUGGAGCAAUAUUCUUUUUUAACAGAAUGCAUGCCGCUUAGAAAACAACGACUGUACACUCAGGUAUCAUAUAUGGAAAUCUACUGUGAAAGGGUCAGGGAUUUGUUGAAUCCAUCAACCGGCGGAAAUCUUCGUGUACGCGAACAUCCCCUUCUUGGUCCGUAUGUUGAUGAUCUUACCAAAUUGGCAGUGUGUUCAUAUCAAGACAUUUGUGACUUAAUGGACGAAGGUAAUAAGGCGAGGUAA